AUGGAAGAAGAAAAAGAGAUCACUCCUUCUCCACCUAGUCUCCAUCCCGACAACCAAUCGCCACCUAUAACCCAAGGGACAGUCCAAACUACCUCUGAUCCCAAUGGCCCCGAGCCAUCUGCUCCUGAAAUCCCAGCUGAACCUGACCAAAAUUCUAAGUAAACCUUCAGACUCCCCAGAAGCCACCCCUCAGAAUCUUCCUGAAGUCGCCCCAAGUUCUGUAGAAGCAGAUUCAAAGGCGGCUGAAGCACACCUUUGUCAAGAAGCUGCUUCAGAAGAAGACCGAGAAGAAGGACUUGAAGAAGAAAAAUCAAGCCAUAAGAAAAAGAAAAGAAAAACGUAUUAUUACACUGUGCUCAAGGGGAAUUAUCCCCAGAAUGUCAUUGAUGCCAUCAAGCUUAGGAAGAACUGGAAGCAGUGUAAAGAAGAUAAAGAUAUGUUUGAAGCCUCACAUUUCAUCUGGAAACCAACUAAUUUCUCAUCCAAGAGUUAUGGAAAAAUUGAUUUGUUGAUGAGAAAAGGCAAGAAAUUAGUAUUCAAUCAUCUUGAGAAAAUAAAAGGGAUCAGCACAAAAACAGGUCUGGUUGGAUCGCUUAAAAGAUACUAUGAAAGGUGUCCAGAAGCAGCGAAGAUGAAAUAUAACGUAUUUGACAGCACCCCUACAACUUUCAUUAUAUCUCCAAAUUUGGAUGGGGAUGAUUUCAAAAUGUUUAAUCAUCUUUUGAAAUCUUCAAAACCCAAGACCAGUAAUUCUCCGACUUAUCGGGACGAUGCGAUCUUACCCAAGCACUGAGAAAGCGGCACUUGGCUAGUAAAGCCCUCUUGCAUGAACCGAGGAAGAGGAAUUGAAAUAUUUCAUAGCAAGGAAGAAAUUUUAAAUUUUAUUUCAUCAAAACCUGUGUUUAGCAGGUGGGUUGUUCAAAAAUAUAUCGAAAGGCCUCUACUGUAUAAGGGCCGCAAGUUUGAUCUGAGAGUCUGGGCCUGUGUUAAUCACCUCGACGAGGUCUUCUUUUAUGAGAAAGGAUAUGUCCGCCUCUCUUCAGAGGAGUACGAUCUUGAUAACCAAAAUAAUUAUGUGCAUCUUACGAAUAACUGACUUCAACAACAUGGGGAGAAGUAUGGUGUUCAUGAAGAAGGAAAUACUAUUGGUUAUGAGGCUCUUCAGGAGUAUCUAGAUGAAACCUUCCCUGACCUUGGAAUUAGUGUUGAGAAGCACUUUAUUCCGAGGAUAAAAGAUCUCAUCCUUGAUACCUUCUUUUCAAUUCAGAGUGAUUUGAGGAUCUGUAAAAGGAAUAGAAGCUUCGAAUUUUUUGGAUACGAUUUCCUUAUAGAUGAAGAUUUCAGAGUUUGGCUUAUAGAAUGUAACUCAAACCCAUACAUUGGAAAAGUUAACCCUUAUAUCAAAGUUUUGGUGGAAAACAUGCUGGAUGAUUUAUUGAAAACUUGUUUAGAUCCAUACUUCAAACCUAAACAUGUCGAUGACCCAGACCGCAAAAAUUUAUUCGAGUUAAUUUACUCCCCUGGAGGAACAAUGAACUCAAAAGAAAUGAUCAAUCAUAGAAGAGACUACAGCUGGGAUGAUCUUUACUUGUCUUCUGAAAUAAAGGAUGUAUUCUUGGAACAUAGAUUCCCACCUAACAAUGAUCUUGAGUUGAAACCCAAAGGCUUGAAGGGGAAAUCUCCUCAAAAGCAAAGAAAAGGACAAUUUUCACUAGCUAGAGAUGAUUCUUGUCUUCAGAAAUCUGAUAAGAAGGAAUCUUUACAGUUAUAUAAUGCCUAUUCAUUUACACAGAGCAAUAUCAAACCACCAAGGAUCAAGAAGCGUUCCUAUUCUAAAGAGACGAGGGUAAAGAUGGAUGCAUCUCGUACAGAGACAGUCUUUCCUGAAAUCAAGAAGAUUAUAGAAGAGAGACCUCCAACUAAGAUCAGUAGUAAGAACUUUUCGAACCAUAAUCAGAGAUCCAGGACUCUUCUUAAGAAGAAACAAAAAUAAGCUAGAAGACACAGAGAAAUUAGAGGAGCAGCUCACCUAUAUGGCCAAAUUUAAUCAAGAUGUUCGUGAGAGAAAUCGCCUCAGAAGUAUAAAGGAGCAAGGCCUAUCACACAGUAAAAACGAUUCGCAUGUAAAGACACUUGACUCAUUAUCUAAUAAUAAGCCAAAGUAUUGUACAGAUGCUGAGAUGAUGUCUAUCACUCCAUCUAAGAAAAUCACCACUGAUGAGUAUUAUCAUAAGGAGUAUGUCUUAGUGAAAGACAAAUAAAGCCAAGUUCGAGUAUUCCGUUCUUCAUAAACCCAAAGCUGAAAGGAAGCAACGGAUGAAUAUAAGCACAGAUAGAAGGCAAAAGCCUUCCUUGAAGAGGAACAAAGUGGAGUCUUGCAAUUUAUCUAUCAGUAGCAGGCUAAGUGAAAACCAUCCAAAUGACUGUAAAGUUAAAAUAAAUCUGAAUAAGAUUGGAAAGACAAAAUUACCAGAGCUGGGAAAUAAGAAAUUAAGCUCAGAAAUGACUCAGGAUGCUAAAAAUGUAACACAUAGGGCAGAGAACCAACAGAAUAGCUCCAUACAGACUCUUGAAAGCAAUUUUACAAAGAUACUAAACAAGAAAAGCAAAGGGGCUAAACAAACCUCAGAUAGCUCUAAGAAAAGAAAACUUAGAGAUGUAAAGAAGCUCAAACAAUUUAGCCCAUACUUUGGAAAUAUGCUAAAGAGCCAGACAAGGUUCGCUAGUAUAACAAAGAGGUCUGAACUAAUCGAAGAGAAGAGGUCACAGAACUCCAAGCUUUAUAAGAUCUAUGGUCUUGGCAAUACUAAAAGAUAUAAGAAGAAAUUGCAAUAAAUUCAAAUUCAA